GCUCCAUUCCCCUGCUCCCGGGGCGCGCCGGCAUUCGGGAGGUACGCACACCGUGCCCUGCCCCUUUAGGAGCUCGUCCGUUGUCCCCGCGCGUCCGCUAGUGUCUCUCCCCGCAGCAAAGGCCCGAGCAGGGCCAAGAAAGGGGGCGCUAGGCCGUGCAGAGGCAAAGGGGCUGCAGAACGGUGUCACUGCCGCUGACACCGAGGCGGGAGGUCGGAGCCCCGCGCUAGGUGCUGGGCCGGAGGAGACCGCGCGGGCGUCCUAGGAGACCGCUAGGCGCUGAGGGGCGAGGCUGUUGCGGAGGUUCAGGGCGUUCCGGCCAGAUCGUAGGUGCCGUCGGGGACUCGGGGGUCCCCUCGGAGCUUCGGUCACUUGCCUUGGGCGUUUCACAGGUUUCCCAUCGCCAUCCAGCCCCUCAAAUCCAGUAGGAUUGAAAAACGGCCUCAGCUAAAUGUUCUCUUCCUUCUGAGGAGAGGGGUCGAGCCUGUCAGCUGGAGGGGACUCGAAAGGGAUGGCCCGGCCCUCGGGGGGUGAAAGGAGCAGAGGUUGAAGAGUGCGGCGGGAGCGGGGGGCGCCCUCCUUGACUAUCAGAUGCCUCCUGUGUUUCCAUCUCUGCCGAGUGGGCUUGGCGGCGCUGACUACCCUGCAGGAGGGACGGACGCGGCUCCGCCGGCUCUGACCCUGCCGCCUCCAUGUGGCUGCUGAAAGGGACCCAGGAGGGAACCGGCUUGGGGCGCAGCCUCGCCCUCUUCCCUCCCCGCCUCCCAGGCGACGGGGCUGGCGAUGUGGAGACGUGAGGAGACCCGCGGCUGCCCCGGGUUCUCCAGGACUCCGCGAGGCGCCCGCGCGUUCCACUGCACCCGGGGCAGGGGAGACCCAGGCGGGGCUCCGUGGUGGGCGGACGGGCGGGCGACAAGCAGAGCCGGAACCCCUUCCUCGCCAUGGGGCACAACGGCAGCUGGUUCUCCCGGAACGCCAGCGAGCCGCGCAACGCAUCGGGCGCGGAGCCUGGGGGCGCCAACCGCAGCGCUCUCGGGGAGUUCGGCGAGGCUCAGCUUUACCGCCAGUUCACCACCACCGUGCAGGUCGUCAUCUUCAUAGGCUCGCUGCUCGGAAACUUCAUGGUGUUAUGGUCAACUUGCCGCACAACCGUGUUCAAAUCUGUCACCAACAGGUUCAUUAAAAACCUGGCCUGCUCUGGGAUUUGUGCCAGCCUGGUCUGCGUUCCCUUUGACAUCGUUCUCAGCACCAGUCCUCACUGCUGCUGGUGGAUCUACACCAUGCUUUUCUGCAAGGUCGUCAAAUUUUUGCACAAAGUCUUCUGCUCUGUGACUAUCCUCAGCUUCCCUGCCAUUGCCUUGGACAGGUACUACUCCGUCCUUUAUCCACUGGAGAGAAAAAUCUCUGAUGCCAAGUCCCGUGAGCUGGUGAUGUACAUCUGGGCACAUGCAGUGGUGGCCAGUGUACCCGUGUUUGCAGUGACCAACGUGGCCGACAUCUAUGCCAUGUCCACCUGCACGGAAGUCUGGAGCAACUCGCUGGGCCACCUGGUGUACGUGCUCAUCUAUAACAUCACUACGGUCAUCGUGCCUGUGGCUGUGGUCUUCCUCUUCCUGAUCCUCAUCCGCCGGGCCCUGAGCGCUAGCCAGAAGAAGAAGGUCAUCAUUGCAGCCCUCCGGACCCCACAGAACACCAUCUCGAUCCCCUACGCCUCCCAGCGGGAGGCAGAGCUGCACGCCACCCUGCUGUCCAUGGUGACGGUGUUCAUCUUGUGUAGCGUGCCCUACGCCACCCUGGUCGUCUACCAGACUGUGCUCAAUGUCCCCAACACAUCCGUCUUCUUGCUGCUCACGGCCAUUUGGCUGCCCAAGGUCUCUCUGUUGGCCAACCCUGUGCUCUUCCUGACCGUGAACAAGUCUGUCCGCAAGUGCUUGGUGGGGACGUUGGUCCAACUGCACCACCGUUACAGUCGCCGGAAUGUGGUCGGCACAGGGGGCGGGGUGGCUGAUGCCAGCCUGGAGCCCAGCCUGCGCUCGGGCAGCCAGCUCCUGGAGAUGUUCCACAUUGGGCAGCAGCAGAUCUUUAAGCCCACAGAGGAUGAGGAAGAGAGUGAGGCCAAGUACACCGGCUCCGCCGACCUCCCAGCCAAGGAGGUGCUCGGGCCCUGCCUGGAGGGAGAGCAGGGACUGCAGCGGUUGCCUGCUGUACCUCUUCUGGGCGCCACGGACUCUAGAUCCCAGGGGGGGUCAGCGGCGUCUGGGGAGCCCGAGACACUGCCUGACAAGUACUCCCUGCAGUUUGGUUUUGGGCCCUUUGAGUUGCCACCUCAGUGGCUCUCAGAGACCCGAAACAGCAAGAAGCGGCUGCUUCCCCCCUUGGGGAACACCCCAGAGGAGCUUAUUCAGACAAAGAUGCCCAGGGUAGGCAGGGUGGAGCGGAAGAUGAGCAGAAACAACAAAGUGAGCAUUUUUCCGAAGGUGGAUUCCUAGUCAGGAUUGUCGAGCCCCCACACUCCCACCUCCCCUUUGCUCUGGCUCUGGCAGGAUUUGGGCAUCUCAUUGCAACCGAGUACCGGUUGCCUUCUCCUGUGUGUGCCCCCUGCUUUUUGAAUGAGAGGGAAAUCUAUAGAAGAUAACUGUCCUCUUUAUUGAGGGAGUAUAUAUAUAUAUGCAUCUCCGUGGUCUGUGUCCUAGGUGAAGUGUGUGUUCCUCUCUGUGGACAUAAAAUCUGGGCAGUGUGCAACGGGUCUUGGAAUGGGUACUCCCUGUGCAUUUUCUGAGGACUCCUUGGUUCCUGGGCCCUGCAGAGAGUACAGGGAGAGAAAAACAUCUGUGAGUUUGGCGGGAGCAGGACACCCUAGGGGAAGCCCAAGAGGAUAAUGGAGUGGUGUGGCCUUAAAGAAAAGACCUAUUUAUCCUCAAUAGGAUAAUAUUUAUCCUCAAAUAGGAUAAAUAUUUAAAAAUGUUUCAUAGUGAUCUGCAUCUUCAGGGGAGAUAGGGACUUGGCAUUUGACACCUUUUCUCCAGAAGGCCUGAUCAGAUGACUCAGUUUCUUCUGAAGCCCUUCAUCUCUUUCACUGGUAUGUAGAUGAGGAAAGGAGCUUCCACUCCCAUUUGACAGACAAGGCAAUAGAUGUGCUUGGGGCUCAGGGAGGAGAUACUGUGUCUUGACGAUCCUGACAUUCUCCUGGCACCACUGAAAACCUCAGAAAGUUCUGUCUGCAGUGUUGAUUGGAAAACACUACAAGUGCUUUACUAUGUCUUUCCCCCUUAAAUUGCAUUAAUUUUUCAACCAGUGAGAGAGAAACUAAGAGGUAGAGAAGAAAGACAAAAAUGUCCAUACUGUGUAGUCUCUUCUCUUCCAAUGUUGAUUUCAAGUGAAAGGGGCUAAGUCAACAUCAGUAGCAGUGAAGUAUAUUGAAAAAAAGAAAAAAAAAACCUAUCAUGUGCAAACUUUUGGAAUUAAAAGGCAAUUUAAAAAUGAAGAGUUACAGGGCACCUGGGUGGCUUAGUGGGUUAAGCUUCUGCCUUUGGCUCGGGUCAUAGUCUCAGGGUCCUGAGGUCCAGAGGGGUCCCCCUCCCCCUCUGCCCACUUCUCUGCCUACUUGUGCUCUCUCUCUCUCUCUGCCAAAUGAAUGAGUAAAAUUAAAAAAAAAAAAAUUGCAGAGUUAGUGUGCACUGAGUCCUCUGGAAACAUCAUGCUAAAAAUACUUGAUUAAGAAAGGUGAUGCUGCCCAGAAGAGUGACAGAAGUCAAAGCUGGCUUCCUUCUGAUGAUGACUCCAGAACCCAGGUGUGGCCAGCUUCAUUUUCAGUCACUUUACGGUUCUCUUUCCAUUUUGGACACAACGGAGGAAGAAAACAGAAAAAUUUAAUCAUUUUAAAAUGCCAAGGCGGCCCCUAGCCCAGGAAGGCACCUUCACUUCCUCUUUUCUGGUAAAGUUUUAGCAGGAGUCAGAAUGGAUAGAGGAGGAGGACAGUGUCCUCAACAGAUUAGCCUCCUGGCGGGGCGUGCAGGGGGGUUGGCUAGGAGCUCUCACAAGCAAUUCAAGUCCACUUUGGGAUGGAAUUCACCAGUCUAAACUCAAACCAUUGAUGACAUUGCACUUUUAAUGACAGCAAAUCAAGUGCCAGCUCCACUCUUCUCUCUAGGACAUUUUGUUUUUGUUAAUAGUAUGUUGUGGGGUGGGGGGCAAUCCAGUGCCUUGAGCAAGCCUUCGUGAAUGUGGGCAAAAAGUGGGCAUUCUCACCGGCAAACUUCCUUCCGCAUCCCAACGGCAGUGGCCCUCAUGGAUCACUUCCCGUUGUCCCUUGGAGGAAGCUCAGACUAUGUGUAGGGAGUUUCCUUUUCCUGUUCUCUUCCUGGGUGUGGUGUCUUGUGAUUCCAGAAUAUGAACCCAACUUCCUUUCCCUGGGAGAGGGUAAGCCUUCCUCUUUGUGUUGUGUCUUCUUGCAGUGUUGUGUGCUCUCAGCACAAACCAGGGGACUGCCACACCCUCUCUUGGCGCCCCCUGCCCCCAGGCCCUUUGUGCAUGCCGUCUGGAGCUCUGUGCCCUCAUAGUUAACUGUGACCCUUCAAGCUCAACUUUCAAAACCCUCACAAUUGUUACAACAUUCCUCCAGGGGAAGCAUAAUCUGUCAGAAAAUUGUGUCUACUUUAGAAGCACCUGUCAAACGUAGCCACCUCGAUGUUCUGAUAAUAUAUAUGUACAUCUUAAUACAUUCUGGUGAGGCAGAAUUUGGGAGUUAUUUCUUAUGUAUGUUUGAAGCGGAUGGUUGACUUCUAACAGGUCAUUGCCAGGUGUAUUUCUAUAGUCUUCGAAGAAUUCCAUUUUAAUAAAAAACUGAAAAUCCGU